AGACGUUAGGAGGUUGGCCUGCGCCAUCUCUGAGCUCCCUCGAAGGAAGCUCUGCACCCAACUGGGCGCCCAGCGCUGGCCCCAGACUCUCCUGGGAUCCUGGAAGGACUUUCCUAUGAGAACUCCCAGAAAGGUAAGAGGAAGAGACACCAACCAAAGAGAGAUGGCUUAUGAAAUGAAUGGAUUGUGCUGAAAUGGCGAAACAGGCUGCAAAACAAAUGGAAAACCACAGAAUGAUAGAGUUGGAAGGGACCCCGAGGGUCAUCUAGCCCAACCCCCUGCAGUGCCGGAAUUGCAGCCAAAUCCUGGGAACUGUAGUUUGUACAGGGUGCUGAGAGUUGCCAGGAGACCCCAUUCCUCCUCACAGAGCUAGAAGAGUGGCUGAGCAGUCAAACCUCGCAGCUAACACAACUCUCAGCGCCCUGAACAAACUACUCUUCCCAGGAUUCUCUGGAGGGAAGCCAUGGAGGUCCAAAGGAUCUUCCCUCCGGUCCUAAAGGAUCUUCACUGGCUCCCAGUACAUUUCUGAGCUCAAUUCAAAGUGUUGGUGCUGGCCCUAAAUAAGCUUGGCCCUGGAUCCCUGAAGGAGCGUCUCCACCCCCAUCAUCCAUCCCGGACACUGAGGUCCAGCUCCGAGGGUCUUCUGGGGCUUCCCUCCCUGCAAGAAGUGAGGUUACAGGGAUCCAGGCAGAGGGCCUUCUCGGUGGUGGCGCCCGCCCUGUGGAAUGCCCUCCCGUCACAUGUCAAGGAGAUAAAGAACUACAUAACUUUUAGAAGACAUCUGAAGGCAGCCCCACAUAGGGAAGUUUUUAAUGUUCGAUGUCUUACUGUGUUUUUAUUAUGUCAGAAUCCACCCAGAGUGGCUGGAGCAACCCAUUCAGAUGGGUGGGGUAUAAGUAAUACAUUUAUUAUUAUUAUUAUUAUUAUUAUUAUUAUUAUUAUUAUUAUAUUAUUAUUAUUAUUAUUAUUAUUUUGAGGCGCUUCUUUGUGUGCCCCCUCCAUGAGAGCAGCAACCCCAGAAGGAGCGUUUCCUACAGCGUCUCCCCUUGUGACAUGCGUUCCCCAGGGAAGCUCGCUUGGCACCAGUCAAAAAUAUUGUUUUGCAAUCAAGCCUUGAGAUGAUCAACAUUCUGUGUUUGUGGGCCGGGGGGGGAGUAGUUUGCUUUUGUUUUAUUAUGUGAUCCAUGAUCUCAUUUUGCGAUUUUAUGAACCACUCUGUGAUCUUCGGAUGCCUGGUGGUAUUCAAAUUUACAAUAACAAACAAGGAUAAUCGGGUUCCCUUUCUCAGUAUAUUUUGCCCUUCUUCCAAGUCAAGCAUCUGCUUCCAGUCUUAGCCCUUGGACAAAGCAGCAGAGAUUUUAUUUUUUUAAUUUCAUUAAUAUUCACUUAUUUACUGCUUAAUGACAGAAAGGGCUUGUAAGUGAUUUACAAUGAUAAAAUAAAAUCACAAAUGUUGACACAUAAAUAUCCUGAACUAAAAUACACAUCAGAACAAUCCUAUUAGAAGGCCAAGAUAAAUCCAUAGUUUUAAAAAUGCAAGGAACGCCCCACCCCAUAAAAACCGCACAGGAGGUAAAACAGAGUCACUUUUCAAGAGAGGAAGGGAAUGCCUGGCGGCUGCCAAGACAGAGGACCCUGCAGGCGUUUCAGAUCCAGGAAGGGAGGGUCUUGGGCUGCCCAUUCCUGAUUACAAGUGAGUAAAUCUUAGGGAGACUCUUGGUCCUUGCCAAGCUGCAUCCUUCCACGCUGGGAUCCUGACGAAGUCAUGGCAUGCAUUUGAAAAGCUGGCAUUAAUGACUGAAGUUCGUCCGUUUCCCCAAAUGAAGAGCUUGAAAGUGAUUUUGAAUAACUUGACUGCAAACGUUUUGGGUUUUAUUGUACUCUCCUCCUCAGUGGGUCGUACAGACGGCUGUUCUGAAUCUUGCUUUCCAUAGGGAUGAGUUUAUGGGAGCCGAAGAAAGUUUGGCAAAACGCUGAUUUCACUUCCCCUCUGCACAGGAUCUGAGCUUGACUUGGGACUGAGAGCGGGGGGGGGGGUCUGUCGCCUCCAACAGGCCUCAGCAAUGCCUCCCGUCAAGGAAGAAGAAACCCCCUUGAUCAGCAACAGAAGCAGCAACCUCUCCUUCUCCAGGACAGACGGCCUCCAGGUAUAUCUCUACCACCAGCUGAACGCGGCACAUUCGGCCUCGGAUUCAGCCAGCACCCUAAACUUCCCCUUAGGGGAGUACACGGCGGAGGAGCUCUGCAUCGCGGCGGCCAAAGCAUGCGGUGAGUCUGAACACUUCUCAGCUGGAGCGUCACUUUCCGCCAGCUCUGAUGGGUGUCUCAUUCCAAAACGCAGAGAGAGUCUCUCGGCCAUCAGGAGACUAUCUCCUAAGAAGCCCUUUUAUUAUUAUUUUUUUGACUUAUUAGAUUCCUAGUGAGCAACAGUAACAUUACUCUCCCACUUUUAACAUUUCCACAUGCAGCAGUAUCAAAAUCUGAGGGGAAACACAGAUUCGGAAACCCAGCCUUGCUUACACCUGCCUUCUUCUUUGCCAGGAAUCCUCCCCGUCUGCCAUUCCCUCUUUGCGCUGGCCAGAGAGGACCUCUCGGGGUGGUAUGCGCCCAGUCAUGUCUUCACCGUGGACGAGUCCUUCAGCCAAGUGCUCCUCUACCGGAUCAGGUAGGGCACAGCUGUCGAAACUCAGCUAUGACCCACCAGCGCUGGUGCCCUCCUGAUGUUUCAGACUACAACUCCCAUCAUCCACCAACCUGUAUUAAACUACAACUCCCAUCAGCCACCAACCCGUAUUAAACUACAACUCCCAUCAGCCACCAACCCGUAUUAAACUACAACUCCCAUCAGCCACCAACAAAUAUGGUUGUGUUGAACUACAACUCCCAACAGCCCCCAACCAAUAUGGCCACCUGAACUACAACUCCCAUCAGCCCUGGCCGAAACACCUUCCCAACCUCCCCACAAAAGAGUCUUGUUUUCUCCACGCAGGUUUUUCUUCCCCAACUGGUUCGGGUCCCAGAAAUCGUUCCGCUGUGGGCUGGCCAGCGACCAAGUCAGUCCGGUGCUGGAUUACCCAACCAUAGACUACCUCUUCGCCCAGGUGAGUACAACUCCUCCUCUGAGAUUCGGGGCGGGAGCAACAACUUGUAGGGUCUGGAGAUGACAAAUUUGCAGCAACCCCUUUCCCCAAAGGCAAGGCAACUGGGAGUCCUGGGAAAGGGGCAUGAAAUUUAGGGGGACCCUGGGAACGUUACUUUCCCAUGGACCCCUUCCUCCUCACAGUCCCGCAGCGAUUUCCUCAGCGGCCGGGAGGAGAUAUCCCUGAGCAUGGAGAACCAGGAGACCUGCCUGGGCCUUGCUGUGCUGGACAUGUUGCGGAUCUCCAAGGAGAGGAAGCGGAGCCUGGAGGAGACCUUCCGAAGUAUCAGGUAAGGAGGAGAGGAAGCUCUCCCAGCAAGCAGGUCAGGGGAGGAGGGAUCCAGAAAAAGCGGAGGACUCUUUGGCCCCUUGUGGCCAAACCUGGAAGAGGCAAGAAGCUGCCUCACUCUGAGCCCCAGACCAUUAGAGCCGUGGAGUUGUAGGGUCAUCCAGUCCAACCCCGGCAAAGCCAAGCUCUGCUGAAAGACCUCCAUGAAGGUCCACCACCUCCUGAGGGCGACCGUUCCCCAGCUGAGCAGCUCUAAAUGAAGGAAAGUUCUUCUUGAUGUUGAGCUGGAAUCUCCUUGGAACUUGAACCCAUUGAUUCAGGUCCUUCCCGCCAGAGUAGAUAUUUGAAGAUGGCUCUCUCCUCUCAGUCUCCUCUUUCCCAGGCUAAACAUCCCCAAUCCCUUCAACCGUUCCUCAUCAGUCUUCGCUUCCAGGCCCUUGAUCAUCUUGGUCGCUCUCCUCUGCACACCUUCCCACUUGUCAAUACCCUUCUUAAACUGAGGUGCCCAGAACGGUACUCCAGGUAAGGUCUGACCGAGGCAGCAUAGAGUAAUAUGACUCCAUAGGAUCUGGACACUGGACUUCGAGAAAGAUGAACCCCUUGAGCUGAAGCUGUGGCUUUGGGUGUGUGCUGCAAGAGCUGAGCUGCCCGUUAAGCUGAGCUUUGCAAGAGCUCAGCUGCCAACCCAGCUCCUUCAGCCGUUCCUGGAGCAUCUCCUCCAGUCAGCCCACGCGCACCUGCCCCUCCCGUCUUCCGUUGCAGCUACAAGUUGUGCCUCCCAGAGCAGAUGCGGCUCCAGCUCCAGGCACAGAACUUCGUCACCCGGAAGCGGAUCCGGCGCCAGUUUGGGCAGUCGCUGCACAAGGUCAGCAGCCUGCAGACCGAAGUCCGCUUCCUCAAGCUGAAGUACCUCAUGGAGCUGGAGGGCCUGCAGCGGGCCACCACUGAGGAGACCUUCCAGGCCUGGGUCCCUGCGCAGGCAGCAACAGGAUCUGCCUGGACCAUCCACGUCUCCGGCGAAAAAGGGAUCUUGACAAGUCACAGCGGCACCAAGGUGAGGUCAGGCUGCAUUGGGCACCCUCAGAGGCCAUCUAGUCUGACCCCAGAGUCCAAACAGGGUUCUCACAGCAACACCUUUCAAGACCCUGCCCCAACCCCCUUCCUAGGACCUCCAGUGCUAGGCACACUCUACCUCCCAGCCCAAUCCAAGGCAAUAACUCCACACAGAUUUCCCACACUUGCUGCCGGGCAAAGGGAGGCCCAGCUUGUAGCCUGUAUGGCAUAGUGGUUAGAGUGUUGCACUAGGACCCGGGAGAGCAGGGUUCAAAUUCCUGCUCAGUCAUCCGGGGGACCUCUGGCCAAUCGCUACCUCGCAGGGGCCUCAUGGGGGCUCAGUGAGGACUAGGCUCCCCCCCACAACUCAUUUAGUCCCCACAUCAGCCCUGCGAGGUGGGAUAAGACCAGCCCUCAAACAAGCUUCAGGGAUGAGUUGGGGGAUUCGAACCCUGGGCUGCCCCAGGUUGUAGUUCAGUGCUCUAACCACUACACCAUACUGCCUCUCAUGUGCAGAGCCCACCUGUCUCUUCAAGGUGAGCGUAACCAGAUAUAUCUCUCCUUUUCGGCGCACGUGCCCCCCCCCCCGCAAUCCUUCAGGGAACCCACCUCUUCUGCGACUUCCCCGAAAUCGCCGACAUCACCAUCCAGCAACCCGUCCGCGAUGGUCAACCUGCGAAGAGCCGCCUGGUCAGCGUGACGAAGACAGACAGCCGGGUGCUGGUAGGUGAACCACCAUGUUGCUUUUACUCAUCAUGCAAUUAGAAUCGUGACAUUGGAAGGGACCCCCAAAGGUCAUCCAGCCCAACCCCCUGCAUCAUGUUCACCGUGGGCUCAUUUGUGACAAGGAAGGGGUGAGCUUCCCUAGCAUGUAGAAGGUCCUGGCAUCUCUGGAUAGGAGCGGGAAUACUGCUGCCAGUCAGUGCAGACAAUAUUGAAUUAGAUGAACUCUGUACAAGGAAGCUUCAUUUAGCCUUAUAUUCAUAUCAUGAGGACUGCAAUCUUGCUUCCUUAGAAUCAUAGAAUCAUAGAAUCAUAGAAUUGUUAAGGAAAGGACCACCAAUUCCUUGUUAAGGAAAGGACCAUCGCUGAAUGCCAGAGCACUCGCUUGGCAUGCAGAAGGUUCACCAUUCCUUAUUCCUAACUUAUUCCCCCAAAAACAUAUUUUUAAGACCCCACCCCUCAUUUGCAAAAAAUACGUUUGAUCCACAAAAUGGUAACACCAUACUGUCUGGUGUCAACAGAUAGAGAAUUCCCAAGGCUGACGCUGCCGUUCUGCCCCUGGCCAGUGCCUUUUGGAAUGGCUUGUGUAGCCAAAGAAAUGGCAAAAUCGCAAAUUUUAUACUGAAAAAUUCAGCUGUGUGGCAUUUCAGGAAGCACAAAAGAUCCAUCUUGGAAAUGCCAACGUGGCUGAACUUUCCUCUUGUCUGUCCAUCCAUUGAAGGGUGGCCAUGGUGAUUUUGCCUCUUUUCCCGCAGGAGAUGGAGUUUGGCAGCCUGGCAGAUGCCUUGUCGUUUGUCUCCCUGGUUGACGGAUACUUCCGCCUGACAGUCGAUGCUCAACACUAUUUCUGCAGGGAGGUCGCCCCCAAGAGGCUUCUAGAAGACCUGGAAAACCAGUGCCACGGACCCAUCACGUGAGCCACAGACAAGCCCCAGAGUGGGGGGGGCGUCAUAGAGUCAUGGAAUUCAACCCCCAGCAAUGCAGGAACCUUUCACCCAACGUGGGGCUGGAACCCACGACCCUGAGAGGAGGAGUUUUGUGCUGUAACAACUGAGCCAGCCCAGCUUAGAAGGAAGAGAUUCCAAGCCCCACUAGCAGGUGGGAGGAAGGACAUCAGGCAGGGCUGGGCUGGCGAUGUCUUCAGUUCGUCUCUGAGCCGCAGACUGCAAACUGCAUGACGCUCUUCCUUCCUCUGAGGGCGUCAUGAAAAAGCCUGUGGGCCUCGCCCAGAAUUAUAAAGUCCUCCAAAAGGCAUCUCAAGACUCGGGGCCAAAAUUGGGCAGGACCUGCUUUCGAAUCAACUAGCAGGGCUAUUGAUAGAACUGUAGAAUGGUAGGAGUCGGAAGGGGUUCCCACGGUCAUCUAGUCCAACCCCCUGCCCUGCCUUCUGAAACACCCUCUCCAGGCAAUUUAUCGCACUCAUCAUUUUAUUUCUACGCUGCCUUUCUGCAGUUCAAACUGUGCUCAAGGCGCCUUACGAAAUUGAAGUUAUUCUUUCUUAAAUUUGCUAGCUGCUCCUUCUUGCCCAGGGCGAUCCAAAGCAAACCCCACAUACAGACAUUAAAACCAAGGAGGGGGGAAAUGCAUUUUGAAAAUCCCUCCCACGUCUCAAAAGCCACAGAUAGUUAAAGGUUUUUACUCAUAAGAAUGUCGGAAGAGCCUGCAGGAUCAGGCCACUUGCACCCUAUUCCCCCAGUGGACAAAUGCCCCAUGUAACCUCGGGAUCCAGGUAGUCUGCUUCUGGGCCUAGAAGCUCCCUAAGAGCCCCAGAAGAGCCAAAGGAAUUAUAGAAUUAGAAUUAUAGAAUUGGGCCUGCAGAUCAGAAGGUCGGCUGUUCAAAUCCCCACGACGGGGUGAGCUCCUGUUGCUCGGUCCCUGCUCCUGCCCACCUAGCAGUUCAAAAGCACGCCAAAGUGCAAGUAGAUAAAUAGGUACCGCUCCGGCGGGAAGGUAAACGGCGUUUCCGUGCGUUGCUCUGGUUCGCCAGAAGCGGCUUAGUCCUGCUGGCCACAUGACCCGGAAGCUGUACGGUGGCUCCCUUGGCCAGUAAAGCGAGAUGAGUGCCGCAACCCCAGAGUCGGUCACGACUGGACCUAAUGGUCAGGGGUCCCUUUACCUUUACCUUUAGAGUUGGAAGGGACCCCGAGAAUUCGCUAGUCCAACCUCCUGCAGUCCAGAAAGAGGCAGCUGUCCCUUUCGGGGAUUAACCCUGCAGUCCUGGCUCUCACCAACGGAGACCCAGCAUCCUCUUCUUGCAGGGAGCAACCCUGUGCUCCCAAGGGAAUCCUGCCCCAAAAGGAAACCUGUUAUUGGGGGGGGGGCAUUGCGCCCAAGGGCAGCUCUGCAUUUGCCGCCUUGAAAAGGAAACAGACACUCAAUAAAUGAAUAGAUAAAAACCUUGAAUUUUGUGUCAAAUGUGGGGAGGAGGUUUCGCUGCCCGGCUUUCAAACGGGCAAACCAACGGGACUUCCUGCCACUAGAUCCCAGCUUCAAAUGAUGCAGAUUAUUUAUUUAUUUAUUUAUAAUUUAUGCCUACGUCGAAUUUUGAAUUGCAGGUCAGAAUUCGCCCAAAACAGACUGAAAGUGUCUCAGAACGAAGGCGUAGCGCAUGUCCUUCGACGAAGCCCAGAGGAUUUCGACAGUUACCUGCUCACCAUCUGCAUCAAGGUGGGAGCCCCCCUUGCUUAGCCUGGUCCCACGGGUGAGGUUUGGGGUGCAAAUAUUGUUUGGCCCUUAGCAGCACCCAUAGAGGAGGCAAGGAGGAUGACGAAUGAGGAAGGGGGAGAGAUGGGGGGGGGGAGAGUCACUUGGGACACCAUUAGCCAAGAAGUUCAGUUCUAGAGCCGCUCUGUAAAGUUUGAUAUAAAUAAGGACUGGAGGAAACUUUUCCUUGCCUUUAUACUUUCCUGGGCAACCAGCUGGGAGCCGCUGGCAACACCCUGACAUGUUCACACAUUACACUGACCUGCAUGUGCAAGCCGCCUUUACACAUCCACUUGUGUGAAUUCAGGCACGCCAGUUGAGACAUACAGGUUAGAAUCGUAGAAUUGUGGCAUUGGAACGACUCCAAGGGUCAUCUGGUCCAACCCGCUGCAAUGCAGGUAGGAAUCUUUCGCCCAAUGUGGAGCUCGAACCCACAACCCUGAGAUUAAGAGUUUCAUAUCGUGUGCACUGACCGUAUACUACCUGAGCAUUACUUGCACAUUGCCAUACAAGUGUGCACAGCUCCAACUGCCUGUGUGCACUUGUUGGAUUUAACGUGAGACCGCCCCAUGAGAGCAAAGGGAAGAGCACUCUGCAUAUGCUCCAUUGCAGCCCAUCUGCAGAGGUGGGGGGCCCCCACUCUGCUCUGUCCUGAAUGCACAACUCCAGAGUGGAGUCUGGGUCUGCUUCAGAGUACCCACUGAAAUACGAGGGUUAUCUGUCCCCCUGACUCCUCCUCAAAGGACACAUCCCUUCCUCGUAUUUUACAGGAUUCUGCCUCCAGUCUGAAUCCCCCAUAAUUGGAGGCAGAAUCCGAAAACUUUGGGAAGUCAACAGAUGCAUACUUUUUAAAAGCCUGCAUCAUUUGGAGCUUGGAUCUAGUGGCAAAGAGUUCUGCUGGUUCACCCAUCUGAAAGCUGAGUGACUUGGGUCACUUGCCAGCACUUGCCAUUGAAACUCAUUCCAAAAAGUAACCCAAAGCAACAGAAAACAUUGUAAACCCUUUUGCAACUUCCAUUGCACACUAAUUUUGGAAGCAAUUGCCGUUUUUACAAAAACCUUCUCUCUGCCCCACCCUGCCCCACGGCCUGGGGUCACCCCGCUUCCCCAAACCCCACAGACGGACAUCGGCAAGGACUUCAAAAGCCUCUUGAUCCAGAAGGGCAGCGAUGGCACCUUCUCCACUGCUGGGGUGGCCAAGAAAUUCUGCAGCCUCCGGGAGAUGCUGGGUGUCUGCCAGCGCUUUAGCCUCCAGGCCAACGGGGCCGCCAUCCAGCUGGGCCCACAGCGCCCCCCACAGCCCAAAGGUAGGCCCUGCAAAGGAAAAUCAUGGCAUUGUACAGCCAGCAGCCCCACAGAUCCCAUCCGUGGGGAUCCUGCCCUCUUCCAUCCUGCCAUGGGGUGCCCCAAAUCUUCCUGGUCCCAUAAACUCCUUCUGCCUCUGUUUCUCUGUAGAAAAAUCCAACCUCUUGAUUGUCCGGGGGGGCACCUGCCACCAGCUGCCCAGCUCGCCAUCCGCCUCACGGAGGGCCGUCAACCAGAUGAUGUUCCUGAAAAUCCAGGCGGAGAAUCUGGUGCAGGUAAGAGGGAGAAAGAUGGACUUACGUGUCGUGUGUCUAAAACACAUAAAUCUGUCUGCAACUCCCUGCACACAAAAAAUAAUAAUCCUGGGAACUGCAAAGUUGGGAGGAACCCCAGGGGUCAUCCAGCCCAACCCCCUGCAAUGCAGGAACACACAGGUGACUCAAGAAUCUCUGGCAGGUGCCAACCGACCUCAAACCUCUGUUUUUUUGGGAUGGCAGGAACCUGUCUGCCUGCUUUGUGAUGGAUCAUUUCUCCCUCCAUUAAAGUCACGAGCGCAGUCAGGGAUAAGCUUUUCCUGGUCAGUUGGCAACCCCCAGCGGCCCUCUUUCUGCACCCUGGCAGUGCCCAAUCUUCUUUCCCCCUCGGCAGUGUGAGAAUCUGGGGCAAGGGACCUUCACCAGGAUCUACCGGGGCUUCAAGCGAGAUCCCAAGGAAAGCAGAGAAGUGGAGGAAGAGGAAGAAGACGACUCGAGGAGUCGCCAGGUGGAAGUGGCCAUGAAAGUCUUGGACGUGGCCCACUGCAGCUGGGCUGAGGUGAGGCCCGGGGGCGGAAGGGGGGAGUCCGGGAAAUCGGGACGGGGAGAAGCUGAGCCAGACGGACGAAGCUGCAGCGUCAGGGCCUCGGCUCCAUCUAGUUCAGUAUUCUCUGCACUGAGCGGCAGCAGCAGGGCAUCUGGCAGGGCUCUGUCCCAGAUGCCAGUGUGAAAUAUCAAAGGGAGAGGGGAAGUGAGGUUUCUUGGGAGGUCAUAUCCUGCACCUUCCAUACUUCUGUCCAGAAGAGCAGAACAACUCCCAAACAAAUGUGUUAAAUCUGUAGCAAUUCUAUCGCAUCUCCAACAAUGCAUUUUUCUCUUUUAGGAGGGGAAAAACACUUUUACUGAAAGUUGUUUUGUUUUAACAUAUUAAACACUGAAACAAUCCUUACAAUUGUGCAGGGGGGGGAAGGGAAAAGGAAUAGAGGAAGUCAUCUAGCUCAACCCCCUGCAAUGCAGCAAUCUUAACUAAAUUAUCCAUGACAGGUAGUCAUCUCAGGCUGGCCCUGGGGCCUUCUGCAUGCACAGCAGCUGCUCUGUCCCGGAGCCGCCCUCUGUUCUGCUCUCCGGGUGUCAUUUCGCAAGUGUCCACAAGGUGGCGCUGCCGCUGUGAAAAAACCCUCCAGGCGCGCAAGGAUCACAGAGAGGCGAGAGGGAGGAUAUUAUUAUUAUUAUUAUUAUUAUUAUUAUUAUUAAUACCCCACCCAUCUGGCUGAGUUUCCCCAGCCACUCUGGGCGGCUCCCAAAUCGAGUGUUAAAAAUAAUACAGCAUUAAAUAUUAAAAACUUCCCUAUACAGGGCUGCCUUCAGAUGCCUUCUAAACAUCAGAUAGUUGUUUGUUUCCUUGACAUCUGAUGGGAGGGCGUUCCACAGGGCGGGCACCACCACCAAGAAGGCCCUCUGCCUGGUUCCCUGUAACCUCACUUCUCGCAAUGAGGGUACCGCCAGAAGGCCCUCAGCGCUGGACCUCAGUGUCUGGGCUGAACGAUGGGGGUGGAGGCGCUCUUUCAGAUGGUCGAGGCCAUUUAGGGCUUUCAAGGUCACAACCAACACUUUGAAUUGUGCUCGGAAAUGUGCUGGGAGCCAAUGCAGAUCUCUCAGGACUGGUGUUAUAUGGUCCCAGUGGCUGCUCCCAGUCACCAGUCUGGCUGCCGCAUUCUGGAUUAACUGCUGUUUCCGGGUCACCUUCCAAGGUAGCCCCACGGAGAGCGCAUGGCAGUAGUCCAAGCGGGAGAUAAGUAGAGCAGCGUCUGGUUUUGAGUGCGGUUUCUCUCCUCUCCGCAGCCCUUCCUCGAAGCGGCCAGCAUGCUGGGCCAACUCUCGCACAAGCACCUGGUCCUGCUCCAUGGAGUCUGCGUGGGAGAAGAAAGUGAGUCUCCUGCCCCCCAACCCCAUAUCCCCCCCACCCCAAGUCUGCACACGGGACUCCUCAACUUGCUUUGCACGUCUGUAUGUGCGCUCCAGUCUGUGUCACCAACCUCCACUUUCCCCCAAAGGUACAAAAGCUAUGCAAUUCAGAGGGGGGGGGUGAUUUGCAUGCAAAGAAAGGAAAGAAUUAAAGAGGGGGGAGGCUAGGAUGGGCCUAGAGAGAGCCUGGCACCUGGAUCAGACCCGGGGGGGGGGGGCAUCUAGCCCAGCCUCCUCACAGCAGUAAAAUGCCCCAUAGAACCUAGGAAUGGAGAUAGACUGCCUCUGGCCCUGGUGGUUCCAUAAGAGCCUAAGAAGAGACUGCAGGAUGAGGCCAGCGGAGGCCCUCCUAGGGAGCCAGGAGCAAAGGGAAGGGGCCCACAAGGAGGACCUGAGCAAAACUCUCCUCACUUGGGAGCCCAGGACCUGGUGCACAGAGACACAGAAGUCGCAAGGGACCACGAGGGUCAUCUAGUCCAACCCACUAGAAGAUAGUGCUAGCUUGUGGUCAUCACUAGAUCUUUGGGAGAGGGAGUCAGCCUUCCCAGGCAGGCACCCUCAAGGUCAUUUGCGCUACAACUCCCAUCAUCAGAACAUUCAGAGACCAUUCACCCAGCUGGUCAGCACUGACUGGCAGCCGCUCUCUGGGGCAGGAGACAUUCCCAAGGGGACUGAAGCUGGGACCUUCUUCCGUGAUCCUCAGCCAUUCCUUUAAAAAAUAAAGGUUCUAGUCUUCGUGGGUGGAUGCUGGAGUAAGGAGCUUAGGAAGCAGCCUUUUGCAAAGUCAGAUACCUCAGGGGCAGUAUAGUCCAUACUGACUGACAGACGCUGGGACCUCCUGCAUACAGAGCAGGUGCUCUACCCACUAGGCUACAAUGUCCCUCCAUAAACCAGGAGACUGAGACCUCUAAUGGGAGUUGUAGCAUCCCAAGGGGCGCCUAGCUUGGGGAGGCGGCUGGGGAAUGGUUUGGGAAGCGGCGAGGGAAGGAGGUGGUGCUUAGGACGCAGGACGGUCUGAUCUGGCCGCUUUUCUUCCCGGCAGGUGUCAUGGUGCAGGAGUACGUCAGGUGCGGCGCGUUAGACAGCUACCUGCGCAGGAACCAGGCGAGUGGCAGAGUGACGGCCACCUGGAAGCUGCACGUCGCCAGGCAACUGGCUUAUGCCCUCAACUUCCUGGUAGGUCCCUCGGCGGAGGAGAGGUGGCUCAGUGGGUAGAGAACGGGGCUCUGACUCUCGGGGUUGUGGGUUCAAAUCCCACGUCGGGCGAAAGACUCCUGCCUUGCAGGGGGUUGGGCUAGAUGUUCCCUGGCGUACCUCUCAACUCUACAAGACUAGGAUUCCAGGAUUUUAGCCUGCCAGCCAGAGCCUAGGGUCCCUUUGGCGGACCAAACAGGGCUUUCCCCUUCCUGCGUCAUUAAGAAGGCAGCAGUGGAGCACUCUGUUGGUCAGAGUGUGGCAACACAUGACGCCCGGGUUGCAGGUUCAAAUGGUUAGAGUGGGCGCUGAAAAGAGGUGCCUUGAAGUGAAGCACGUGGUGUUAAUAAGGAUCAGGCAGACGCAGCAAUGGAGAAUUAGAAGGUGAAGUUUAUCGCCAGGCAAUAAGGACCCAGUUUGGAAUCUCUUCCAAAAGGAACUGGGACCCCGAUUGACAGAAAUCCAGAGGUCUUUAUACCUGAGCAGAUCUCAGCAAAUCAUAGAUCAUGAGACAACCAUAAGGCAGUCACGAUAUCGCCAGCGAAAAUUAGCCAAUUAGGGAGCUUCUUGCCAUGCUUCCAGCUCCUGGUCAAGCACGGAGUUCUAGUUCUGCUUUCCGCUGCUUGCAGUGACGCUCUGUCUAACCUCUCCCCUAGUUAUGACAGGACAGGGAGUAUUGGAGAUUUUGUGGUUUAGCUCUUUCUGUUCUGUGGAUUAAUUUAGCCUGUAUCUGAGGGGAUUUUGUACCAGUAUCUCUGAUUCACGUCUUCCCCUUGUUCAGGGUACACGGAUGUUUGUAGGGGAAAGGUCGGCUCCUAAUUUUGCUGUUUCAAGCAGUAUGCAGAUAGCUAAGGCACAGCUUCCCUUUGAUUCAAAAUGGAUUAUAAAAUACUGUAAGCCCUGAUUAUGUGUGAGCAUAUAUGAAUAUAUUGAUUACUGAUAACUGAUUAUAUGAAUAGCAUAAGGGUAGCCCUUCUUCCUUGCCUCAGAAGAUCAAGAGGCAGGGAGUUCCACCGUUUGGGUGGUGGCUGCAUGAACAUCCUUGCUUUUUCUCUCCCGGCCACAGGAGGAUAAGGCCAUGGUACACGGGAAUGUCUCUGCCAAAAAGGUCCUGCUGGCGAGGGAGGGGGACGCUGCCAGCGGGUGCCUCCCCUUUAUCAAACUCAGCGACCCGGGAGUCAGCGCCGCCGUCCUCCCCAAAGACUGUGAGUGGCUGAGUCUCCUUCCUCCUCUCCGUCCUCCCACUGCGCUCACAGGAGACUUUGGGGCUCCCAAAAGAAUGGGGGGGGGGCCCUGUCUCCUUGGCCCCCUAACCCUGCCCCUACUGGGUGCAUCCCUGCCCUAGAAAAAACAUUACUCUGAUUUAAAAACACAUUUAUUCCAAGUAAUAUUUAAACACUUUAUUUACUUCUCUCACAAGGUUUGCUUUUCCUUUAUUUUGGUUUUACUUUUAAUUAAAUAAUAAUAAUUUUAAGAUGACAUGCUGCUGGACUGCAGGGGAACCUCAAGGCUGUUGUAGAAAAAAGACGAAAGGAAAUUUAUGGCGAUUUCAAACAUGCAGAAAGUUUAAACUGCAGUAGACUGUAGGCUGAAACAAUGGCCCGUUUCUGCUUGCCAGGGCUGACCAAGCACUUGCAUGCGAGGAGACGCCCCAAGAUCUCUGAGGAACCUGCUCAUUUUUCUCUUUCUCUGUCUCCCAUCCCAGUGCUGAUCGACCGGAUCCCGUGGGUGGCACCCGAAUGCCUGGAGGAUCCCAAGAACCUGGCGCCCGAGUCGGACAAGUGGGGCUUUGGCGCCACCUUGUGGGAGAUCUUCAAUGGCGGGAUCAUGGCCCUGAGGCUGAUGGAACCCGAAAGGGUAAAUUCCCUGGGUGACACCCCCGACUUUUGGGGUUUGGGAGGGGGGUCUACACCGGCGGACACCCUUUGCAAAGCCUCUGCAGUGUUAGAAACUCAGAUAUAUAAUCUAAUUGCCAAAUGGCACCUUAAACCGAGGUUGUAGUCACCACAAUGUAUUAUUAUUAUUAGUAGUAGUAGUAGUAGCAUACCACUUUAUAUUUAUAUAAUAUCUCAAAGCAGUUUUCAAAACAUUAAAACACCAAGUAAAACAAUCCAGAAUAAAACAAAUUUAAGGAAAAUAUUUCAGAUUCUUCUCUAAGUGACAUUUGGUUUUCCUCAGUCUCCAAUCCGGCGUCCAGAGAUCUCCACAUGGUUGCAAUUGAUUGCAGGGGCUUGAACUAAAUGACCCAUGGGCCCCCUUCCAAUUCUACAAUUCUAUGGUAAAUCGCUUCAGGGUUCAGCAAACCAACCAAUAUUUCGGCUCCUGCAGGAGGGGUUGAAUAUGUCGUCUUUUCGCCCUGCUCUGCAGCUGAGCUCUUGCAAAGCUCAGCCUAAUGGGCAGCUGAGCUCUUGCAAAGCUCAUCCCAAGCAACCAUUCUGGCUCAAAGGGGUCCAUCUUCCUCGCCACAGUAAGGAAGAAGGAAUAGCACAGCAGCAAUAGAUUUAGCUGAAUAAAAUAGUUGUGCUUCCUGCAGUAAUUUAUACCCCACCCACCUGGCUGGAUUUCUCCGAUCACUCUGGGCAGCUCCCAACAGACUAGUAGAAACACAAUAAAACAUCAAACAUAAAAAUGUGGGGGGUAGGACUAGAUGACCCUUGGGGUCCCUCCAGCUCUAUGAACUCCUCUUUCUUUUUGCAGAAGCUCAAGUUCUACCAGGACCGGCAGCAGCUCCCCGCUCUCAAAUGGGCAGAGCUGGCCAACCUGGUGGCUCCCUGCCUGGACUACGACCCUCAGAGGCGCCCCUCUUUCCGCAGCAUCCUUCGCAACCUCAACGAGAUCAUCACUUCCGGUGAGUCCCAGCGGCUGAGAAGCGCUGUGCAAGGUGCAAAAGUAUGAAAUGUUUUGUGAAGAAGUAAAAGUGGAAUGUACUUACCAUCGUCUGGGUCUCAAAGCGGGAGUUGCAGCAGCAACGUGCAGUCGGGUCCAGAGCUGCAAUCUCAGUUACAAAAGUACAAAAUCUAAGUUCAAAAAUGGUGUCUGUGUGGUCAACUUGGAAGCGCGGCAACGACAGAGAGAGAUGGCCAGGCAGGAAGGAAGGAUGUAGCACUGCAGCUUCCUGCCAAGGCAGACAAAGGAAGUGAUCUCACAGAGUUGUCUCUCUAGCAAUUUUGACUCUGUGAGCCUAGGCUCAUCUAGCAAAACGUGAAUUGUUGGUUUGGCGGCAAGUACAGUCAUACCUCAUGUUACGUCCACUUCAUGUUACGUCCUUUCAGGUUACGUCCUGCGGUCACCCAGAAGUACCAGAAAGGGUUACUUCCGGGUUUCACCACUCGCGCAUGUGCAGAAGCGCAAAAUGACAUCAUGCGCAGAAGUGGCGAAUCGCAACCCGCGCGUGCGCAGACGCGCCGCUGUGGGUUGCGCUCUUUUAUGUUGCGAACAGGCCUCCGGAACUGAUCCCAUUCGCAACCAGAGGUACCACUGUAGCGAUGUACCAAGCUGCCUUUGGCCCCCUGUAUCACCCACACUGACUGGCAGCAGCAGCAGCUCCUUUCUGCCUCCUGCCCCACCUGGAGCUGCUGCCAGGGGUUGAGGCCAAGCAGGUGUCCUCCGCGGAGCAGUGGUCCUCAACUUCUCCUUCCCCCAGAUUACGAGCUCCUUUCGGACCUCCCGACCAGCAACACCCCCGGAGGCUACGUGGAUGUCUCGCUGUGGCAGGAUCCCACCCUCUUUGAGGAGCGCCACCUGAAAUACAUCUCCGUGCUUGGCAAGGUAGGCGGGGUGCGGAGGUCUGCAGUGCAGUGGCCUUUGGAGAGGACCGGGAGUUGAAUCCCAAAAUCAUUGAGUUGGAAGGGAGCCCCCCAAAGAUCAUCUAGCCCAACCCCCUGAAAUGCAGGAAUCCCAACCCACAGCCAUCCAUCCUAUUUGAAACUACACCAGACCCCUAACUAGCUGUGCAAAUGGGCAAGCAGUUUCAUUUCUGCAUGAAUGGAUUUGGGCAAAGACUCCGGGGGGAAUGGAUUUGUGAGUGAGUUGGAAGGGGACCCCCAGCGGUCAUCCAGCCCAACUGUUGUAAACAGAAAAUGCCCUUUUCCCUUAUGGUGUAUCCAAGAGCCCAUAUAGAGUCCUUACAUAGGUUCCCUACUGGUAGGAGAAAAUAACAGAGACCAACCAGAGAAUAUUGAGAAGCAAAGCAGCUCAUAAGCCUGAUCUUUAUUGGUCUGUUGCAACAGGGUCCUCACUCGCCACCCGAAGAAGGGAGGAGGAACCCAGAACAAUGGCACGCAAGGCCUUAUAUAGACUUUUGAAACUGCCACCCUGUAGCUCAAGACCACCCCCAGAAACAUCAUACAAACAUCACAGAAGGGGUGUAACCUAAGACCACCCCUCAGAUACAUCACAGCUACAUCACAGAAAAGGCGGUCUAAAACAGAAAUUUGAAUGUUGUUUAUCUCCUGUCUGGCAGGUUACUUGAUUGGAUACCCUGCUUACUAGAUUGGAUUGCCUGGGGAGCCUGGCCAAUCUUUUGUAAUGAUAAAUACUUAGUUCCUGGGCCAGGUCACAGGCUCACCCUAUUCAUACACAGACAUACCCUUAAGACAGAAUUUGUGAAGGAAAAGACAAUGGGGAGGCUUUUCCAUUUUGACCUUGCAGAGAAAACAUUUGGUCAGUUUGGGAAUCAAAAUGGUUCCAGGUUGGCCUUCCUGUGCUGAUCUGUGUACGUGCUUGGUUGGCACACUCAUGAACGUUACCAUAUAUCUAAGACCUCAAAAUUCCUAUCACACAACCCACUGCAGUGCAGGAAUCGCAGCAUCAGUUUGGGGAGAAUUGCAUGUCAGAGAAGUGUAUUGAUUCAUUCGUUUUAAUGAAGAGCAUUUGCACCCCGUAAUGGCUCCCAGAGAGGCUUACAUCCAAUCCCAGUUAAGGCGAGGCAGUCCCUGCCAUCGAAAAAUCACACUGCAGGCAAGGAAAAAGGGAGGAGGAGGGAAGAGGGGGUGAAUGAAACUUUAGUCUCAGGCAGUGUGAUGGGAGUCUCUCAAACUAGGCAUGGCCUGGAGACAGUGGCUAGAGAAAAGUUUUUUCCCCUUUCUCACAAGACUGGAACUCAUGCACAUCCAACACAGCUGAAUGUAAGAAGAUUGUCACUGGUUUGAAGUGAUUUGGACACGGCUGGAAUUGGGGGUGUUAUCUACAAACCCCACAUUUGAUGUAUCGAUUGCUUGCUUUGUGGGGCGCUGCAAAGCACGCAAAAUGCAAAAUCACUGCAAAACUUUGGCACACGUUUGGAGGGGAUCCCAAAUCUGGGGGUUCGGAGUUAGUUCUCCAGUUCUCGUGUCCUUAAAUCUGUGCGUUGCUGUGGGCAGGGGAAUUUCGGGAGCGUGGAGCUGUGCCGGUACGACCCGCUGGGCGACAGCACCGGGGAGCUGGUGGCUGUCAAGCGGCUGCAGCAAAGCACGUCGGAGCACCGGGCCGACUUUGAGCGGGAGAUCGCCAUCCUGCGCUCGCUGCAUCACGACUUCGUGGUCGCCUACCGGGGCGUCUGCUGCAACCGAGGUGACCCCGAGGGGGGGGUCUGGGAGGGAGAGGGACAGCCGAUUGCUUGGGGAAGGUUCAGCAGAGGGCGAUGCCGAGACUGCCCUGCGAGGAAGUUGGCAGCGCUUGGGGCUUUUGAGUUUGGAGGGAAGGUGAGGGAGAGGGGGCAUGGUCAUGGAGAUAUAAUAGAAUCAUAGAACUGGAAGGGACCCUGAGGGUCAUCCAGUCUGUCCCCCUGCAAUGCAGGAAUCUUUUGCCCAGCACAGGGCUCAGUCCCACGACCCUGAGAUUAAGAGUCUCAUACUCUACCGACUGAGCUGCCAUGAAAUCAUAGAAUAAAUCACAGAAUUGUAAACUUGGGAGGGACCCCGAGAGUCAUCUAGUCCAGCCCCCUGCAAUGCAAGAAUCUUUUGCCCAACGUGGAACUCGAACCCACAGCCCUGAGAUUAAGAUUAAGCCCCAUGUUUUUUUUUUUUUAAAUCAUAUUUAUUAAAGUUUCCAAAAAUAUAAAAAUACAAAGAAAAAAGACAAAAGAAAAAAGAUAUUUAAAAACCUUACUUUCAUUCCCUACUUUCUGGGACUGGCGCCCCCCCCCCCCCAUUGUAUUCCCCUUUCCUUAAUUUGGUUCUACAAGCUCUCACUCCCAAUUUAAAGCUUAAUUUGUUUAACCCACUAUCCAGAUUGAAUUGUAUAAAUCUUACCACCGUCCCACAUCAUUAACAGAAAAAGAAAGAAGAUUUUCCCCAAGAUCCACCCCAGUUCCUUCCACAAAUUCCCUUUUUUUAAAACACGUCCGAUCAAAGUAAAAUAACAUGCGUAAGUUAUGUAAAGACAUAGAAAAUAAGAGAUAUAGAAAAAUUCAACAAAUGGUUACACAGCCUUUGGAUUUCAAAUCUCCCCCCCCCCUUCCCCGGUUUGAAUUCCCCAUGUCCAUCAGUCUAUACAUUAUCAGCUUGGAAGUCUCAUUUCAUAACCAGAUUUCUCCCGAUUCCAUCUUGCCGGUUUUCUUUUAGUUUAUUAAUUUAAAUAAUAUUUGACUUCAAAUGUCCAAUCUAACAAAGGCCUUUAAUUUCCUUGAUCUUUACCACUCCUCCCGUUGUUCUUUCCGUGUCGUAAUCAGUCCUUUAUUCUUCUUAUUCCUCACUUUCUCAGGUUUCUUGUCCUGUUCAGCUGCUAAAACUUUCAAAUUCAGAAAUCUAGUGUCUCUGCAGAGGUUUGUUAUUCAGGAACAAAAACUUACGUCCAGUCCCUUUCUUUCUUCAAUAAAAAUUCCAUUGUCUUCCUCUGUAGACAAAAUACUCUUUCAGUUUUGCAGCUUUCCCAGAAGAUAACAAAUCCUGUGCGAAUCCCAGGGUAUUUUUCCACUUACGACCGUUCUUGUAGUAUCCCGAAACCCCUCUAGGGGAUUGUAAUAACUUUGUAUCCUCUAAUCCAAAAGUCAAAUUGUUGCUUAUUUUCCAACAGUUUAUAUCCAUAUUAUAGCAAAUUAUAACAAAAUUAACCAGCAAGAUCCUCAUAAAGUCCUCUUUAUAUUCUCCAGCUUUGACAGCCACUUUGACAGCUGUCAAAGUCUCCGUCUCUCUUCACCAGGCUCCACGAAUCGCCCCGGUUCCCAGGGGGGGGGGUUGCAUUUUCUUCUCACCCUCCACUCUUCUCCUCCAGCACAUUUCUUAUAAUUUCCCAUCGUGAAAUUAAUGAUUUUUAUCAGAGACAUACUUCCCUUUGGACCUUGGUUACCCGGUCCUUGUUUUGGAAUGCUUACAAUAGGGGGAUUGACUUCCUUUUAAAUCGCCCCGCUCGUGCCAAAUCCAAAAUUUUGAACCCGGUUUCCCAAUUACUCACGGGUUGUUGUUAAUAGUCCAAAUUUUCAAUAGAAGAAGUCAGCGCUCUCCGUCGAAUGGCAUGCGGCUGCGCUCGGCAGGGAAAGCAGUGGACUCAAAGCACCACGCCACUCCCCGGCACCCGAUCCGAAGCCUUUUUAAAGGCUCCUUCACGAGUCGGGAGGGCGCUAAUGGUGCAAGCCGAGUCACCCAUGUCCACGGACUCCGUGCCCGUGGUUUUUAAGGGUCCCCGCGUCGCCGGCGCGGUAGGACCCAGCCCCUGCCGAGCAGACUCCCUCCGGAGCUCGGAGGGAGUCCGCCAUUCGGCGAUGGCGCUAACCCGGAAGUGAGAUUAAGCCCCAUGUUGGGCAAAAGGUUCCUGAAUUGCAGGGGGCUGGACUAGAUUUCAGACUCUCCCAUUCUGUAAGUCUAUGAUUGAGGGUCUUGUGCUCUCCUGGCUGAGCUAUCGUGAAAUCAUGGAAUUAAUGGGGCUCUGACCCCGGACCCUGACAUUCAGAGUCUCCCCCCGCUGGGCCAUAAGGCUUUAUCAAAUGAUGCCUGGCCUGGAGAAGGCUUUCCUGCCUCUCAUAACCCUGGAUCCUGUCUAUUCCCCCUUUUCUUUCAAGGCCACAACUGACAUUGUUUGUCUCCCCCCAAAUUAGCACAAACCUUUUGUGUCUCCCCCCAACUUCAGGCCGAAAUUCUCUCCGGCUGGUCAUGGAGUACCUGCCCAACGGGUGCCUGCGGAACUACCUGCAGAAGAACAGAGAGAGGCUGGACCUCAGGAAACUCCUCCUCUACGCUUGGCAGGUCUGCAAGGUGAGGCCUCCUCUGCGAUGUCGCCUCUUGACGCCUUUGAGAUAAUAUCCUUGCUGCUUUGGAUGCAAACGGCUUUCUUCAAUGUGUUUUCCGAGCUGUUUCAUUUGAUGUUUUAAUUUAGGUUUGAGAUUUUGUUCUUAAAAUUAUAAAGCGGUAGAGAGAUGAAAUGAAUACUGAUACUACAAAUAAUAAUAAUAGUGCUAACUGGUAGCCUUCCAAACGUUAAAAAAUAAUAAUCCUGGCGUGGGAAGGGGGUCAUAGAGCUCAUCUAUCCUAACCCUGCUGCUCAACCACAACAUCCCUGGCAGGGGGGCUGUCCAAACCACCAGCGGAAGAGCCUCUGUUCCCCCUCCUCCCCACUGCCUUGCCAGGGGUUGGACUAGAUGACCCUCAGGGUCCCCUCCAACUCCACAAUUCUCUGAUUCUGUGAAUGACUCUUGAUCUCGAGGAACUUCACAAAAUGAAAUCCACUCGCUGGACAUUUCUGCCUCUUAGCUCCCAUCCGGCCUCUGAAGCCAAAUUCAUAUUUAUUUAUUGUCUUUUGUAGAAUCGUAGAGUUGGAAGGGACCCCCAAGGGUCAUCCAGCCCAACCCCCUGCAAUGCAGGAACCACAGCUAAAGAAUGACAGAAAUGCAGAGUUGAAAGGGAAACGGAGGCUCAUCUAGCCCCCCCCAGCCCCUCCCCACCACAAUGCACCUUUUUCUCCAAGGAGCAAGCCUGGCUCUCCUACCCCUCCUCAUUUCCCCCCUGCGACAACCCUGUGAGGUGGGUCAGGCUGAGAGGCGUGGCAACUGGCUCCCAAGGUGAGCUUGUGGCUUUGCGAGGAUUUCAACCCAGGUCUCUCCCAGGUCCAAGUCCAGUACAGUCAUACCUCGGGUUACAGAUACUUCGGGUUGCACGAUUUCGGGUUGCGCACCACACCGAACCCCAAAGUAUCGGAACAGGUUACUUCCGGGUUUCAGCGCAUGCGCAAAAGCACCAAAUCGCGACCCACACGUGCACAGACGCGGCGCUGCGGGUUGCGAACGUGCUUCCCGCACGGAUCACAUUCGCAACCCAAGUGUCCGCUGUACUAUAUAACCGCUGCACCAGACUUAUAGACAAAUUUUUAAAAUAUGUGCACACGCACCGUCCUCUAAGCAGUUCGCAGAAAUAUCCCUUUUGCCAAAGGAAGAUGGUCCUCAUUCACCACAGAGAGGUUUGGGUAAGUGGGAUGAAUCCUGAGGAGCAGGGCCGAAUCCUGACCCUCACCUUUGUCCCUGCAGGGCAUGGAUUACCUGGGUUCUCAGCGCUAUAUCCACCGGGAUUUGGCCACCCGGAAUAUCCUCGUGGAGAACGAGAACCACGUCAAGAUCGGAGACUUUGGCUUGGCCAAGAUCCUACCGCAGGACAAGGAGUAUUACGUUGUGCGGGAGCCGGGCCAAAGCCCCAUCUUCUGGUACGGAGGGGCGGGAGAUCAAUGGGCCGGCGUGUUUCAUUCUCCUCCCAACAGUGGCCAGAGAUGUGUUGCAGAGAUGGAAGGGACCCCGGGGGUCAUCCAGACCAACCCCCUGCAAUGCAGGAAUCGCAGCAAAGUCAUGUCCAUGCUUUUCAAUGGGUCCACCCUGAAUCACUGGCGGAGGAAGAGGCAUGCGGGGGGAGCCCCCGGCAGCGCGAUCCCAGUGGGGUGCCAUCGUGGCUGCCCCCCCCACGCGCUGGGCGCCCCCCAGUGCAGGAGCAUGAAGCUGCGCCACUGCCCUGCCUUGGUCAGGGGAAAUGGGUCCACAGACGUCCCCUAUGGCAAUGCCACAUAGGGCUGGGAAUGCCCCUCAUUGGAAAACCCUGGAGAGCCACUGCUGCCAUUCAGUGUAGAUGUCAGGAGUAAGGCACAAAUCGCGCCAAGCCAGUUGGAGUGAACUGGUUUUUUUAGCAAAAAGAGGCUCUGCGUGGGUGUCAGGCCUAAUGAGCAGAGAGCCUCAUCUCUGGUAGGUCUUGCCCCAUGAAAUCAGCUGUCGAGUCCAAAAGUUCCCACUCCCCACAGCCGUCUAAAUCCGCCCCCAACCUCUGCUCCAGAGUUUUCCCCAAGCAGUUGGAGACUAAGCCAACCUCUCCUUUGCCCUUUUCAUGCCUCUCCUGGUUCUGGGAGACCAGCGGGGAGGGGAGCUUCUCGCAGCAGGAGGGGGAGACAGCCGUGACUCUUCCAGCCAGACUCCUCUCUGCCUCUUGGCCUCCUUCCUCUCCUGCUUCAGCUUCUGCCUCUGAUUCUGGACUUCUCUCUGCCACAGACUCUCCCCGCUCACUAAGCCUUGUUGCCACUUCCCUGGCUUCUCCCUCUGACCCCUCAUUGUCACCCCCCCCCACUCCCCAGGCUCUGUGCCUUCUUUCCCUGGGGGUUCCCUUGGGGGUUCCUCAGCCAGUUCCUCUCACCAUUCCUCUACAAACUGCCUACAUCUCCUCCUCUCCCAGGUAUUUCCCCAGCGAUCUGAGACUGUGCCUGAGGGCAGCCAACCUCUUUUCUGCCCUCUUCAUGCCUCUCUUAAUUCUGGGAGACCAACGAUCUGCCUCAAUCCAAGGCAGCUUCCUGGGUGUAGAUGAGUCCCUUGUCUAUAAUCAGGAGGACCAGCAUCUAAGGCCAUGAAUGGGUGUCUCCCCUUGUUUCCCCAGGUACGCACCAGAAUCACUGUCCGACAACGUCUUCUCCCAGGAGUCGGACGUCUGGAGUUUUGGGGUUGUCCUUUAUGAGCUUUUCACCUACGGGAGCAAAAGCUGCAGCCCCUCAGAGGUGAGAGAGAGAGAGUGUGUGUUUGUGUGCAACCCUUUAAGAACUCAAAAAGAGGUUGCUGGAUUGGGUCAGUGGCUCACCCAGCCCAGUCUCCCGUCCUUGCAAUGGCCAAAUACAUCUAAGAACCUGGCAAUCCAGAUAGACUGCGCCUGGUCCUGGAGGCUCCAUCAGAAUGUUCCAGAUCAUCGUUUUAUCAUAUGUGGUGGACAAGCCAAUUGGCCAAGGGAAACGGGGGUGGGGGUGGGCUUAAAGGUCUUUUGUAAAAAGACUGGAACCUUUCUUUUAGGUCCCCAGAGAUUUUUUAAUUAUUUUUUUUAAUCUGUUUCUUCAUGCAACAAAACUGAUGGGAUAUGCAGAAAUGGCAAGUUUAACCAGUAAAAUAAGAGAUCAGAAAAGUAUUUGCAGGUUAUUUGAAGAAACAUUGCAAGCAAAUUGAAGGCUAGCAGGAUUAGAGUAAAUUCAGCAGCAUACAAUUAAGUUGUGAGAUAAUGAGAAAGAAUUAAUAUGGAGUAAUUAGAAUAUGCAGCAGCUGAGCAUAACUAGAAAGAACUAUGGAAGGGGGGCAAGGAAAGCCCAUAUAUAUAUAUAUAUAUAUAUAUAUAUAUAUAUAUUCUGGAUCAGGCCAAAGAGGGCACAUCCAGCCCGUUCCUGCCAAAUCCUCUUUUGUGGCGACCAUCUCUGCCUCCUGUGGCAAUGAGUUCCAUAGUUUAACGGAGAAGGGCUUUCUUUUAGCUGCCCUGAAUCUCCCACUACUUCUGUAUGUGGCAUAACAUGCCCCACGUGACCCUGGCCUUGUCCUCUGCCUUCUCCCACACCCUCCCACCUAGGAGUUUCUCCGAAUUUUGGGGCACAGUAAACCCCCCAUGAUCGUUUGCCAACUCUUGGAGCUCCUGAAGCAGAGCCAGAGGCUCCCGUCGCCCCCCAACUGCCCGGCUGAGGUGAGUCCACAAGCAGAGGGCAAUGGAUCCGUCCUUGUGCCUGAGGUUUGAGGAGGGGUUGGUCUAGAUGUCCUCAUGGGGCCCCUCCUUCAAGCCUGUGCCUUCUACUCGAUUCUCUCUGGGGUGGGAUUUAGACCAAGCAGGGGCAGGCACUGAGUCCUUCAGUCUCCUUGAGUUCAUGGCUCUAAGUGAGGUCUCCCCUCCCCAAGAAGCAUGGGAACCAUAGUUUACCCCCAACAGAGCUACAACUCCCAGCACCCUUAAACUGAAAUGUACAGAAUGGACCCAGCUGUGGUGACCUUCCUCUUCAGAAACUCAGCUGAGGUCUGCUCAGAGACAUCUCUAAUGCCUUGGAGAUUGGGGCAUGUGUAAAGCUAGAGCGCACUGAGAGGCAGCAUGGCAGAGUGGUUAGAACGCUGGACUGGGGCCUGGAAGAGGCCGGGUUCAAAUCCCCCCGAUGUCGCCAUGAAGCUCCCCAGGUGUGGCCUUGGGAGCCAGUCGCCGCCUUCUCUCGGCCUGGUCUACCUCGCAGGGUCAUAGUGAGAAUCAGGAUGGGGAGAACGAGUAAAAGGCGAACAAUUUAGACAACCUGAAGGGAAAUCAGAGCAAGACACUGAUGGAAUAUGCAGAAUUAGCAAGUUCAGCUAGUAAAGUUCAGCCUCCGAGGAGGAAAUGUUAAAAUUGGAAAAAUUAAAUUAAAAAAAUUGAAAACAUGUUAAUAUGCUAGCAGGUUUGGAGUAAGUUCUGCAGCAAAAGUUACUUUAAGAAUAAAGUUGAGAAAAGAAGGUAUAGAAUAAUUAUAAUAUGCAGCAACAAAAGAUAACCAUGAGAACAUCACGGAAAGGUGGGAGGGAAGUCAAUUUCUUAAGUGAAUGUAUAUUGUAAAAUGUUUGAUAAAUUGUAUUUUAUUUGUGGGAAAUUUAUAAAUAAUCUUUUUUAAAAGAAUGUGUGGACAGAGAACCAUGGACACAUCAUUGAGCUCCUCAGGUAAUGCAAUUAAAUAGAUAAAUAAAGGAUUUAUGGAGGGGAAAGGAAAGCCACACCAAACGUUGGCACAGAGUGGAAUCGCACCCGGUUCUGACCUCCGUCCUCCUCUCCCUCUUCCUGAAGGUUUAUGCGCUGAUGCAGUCCUGCUGGUCCUUCUCCCCGGCCCAGAGGCCUCCGUUCUGCAAGCUGGCGCCCCAAAUUGAAGCCCUGAGAAGCAGCCGCUGCAAAGUGCGGGGCUAGCAGGUGAGGAAGACGGGCCGGAAAACUGAAUCUCUUAAAAUCCAGUUUCUGAUGCACAAGCAAAACCACACGCCUAAAAGCCAAAUGAAACUAAGGAGACCCUGCCCCUUCUUCCGAGGGGCCGGCAGCGCUUGCCCCUGAAGUUCUUCCCCAUGUUGAGUCGGGAUCUCUCUUGCUUGAACCCAGGGAUCCUGUGUCCCAGGACUGACGGCAGAGUUGCUGACCUUCUCUUCUGCAGAGUCUGGACCUCGAACCCAGGACUUCAUUCCACCCCGCUUCCCAUGCUGGGCGCUUUGGGGGUGGCAAAAAGGGGGGCUUUCCUCUGCCUCUCCCUCUCAUUGCUAAAGGAUCUUUUUCUUUCCUUCUUUAUGGUCGCACAAAUUAAUAAAAUUCUUUAAAAGUUAAAAACAAACAAACCCAAGCCUGCUGCAUUUCUCUUUC